GGGGAAGAUGGCGGCGCCCUGUAAUUCGGAGCUUCCGUCCGAGGCUUCGUCUUGUCUGAAAAUCCCGAAGAGCGAGGUUUUGUCGCCGCCCUCCCCCGGGCUCAGCGACGGGAACCGCUCCCUGUCCAACCCGUCCACCCCGAGCCGCUCGUCUCCUCUCAGCGCCGGUGUGACUGGCGGCGGGGCGGCCACAGCGGGCCUGAGCGGGGCCUCCCCCUCCGUGUCCUUCUCCACCGCCUGCCGCGGCAUGUCGUGGACACCGGCCGAGACCAACGCGCUCAUCGCCGUAUGGGGGAACGAGCGGCUGGUGGAGGCGCGGUACCAGCAGCUGGAGGGCGCCGGCACCAUCUUCGGCACCAAGGCGCCCGGGCCCGCCAUGUACGACCGGGUCUCCCGGGCCCUGGCUGAGCUGGGCUACGAGCGCACCCCGAGCCAGUGCCGGGAACGGAUGAAGACUCUCCGCAGAUGCUACAGUCGGGUAAAAGAACGUGGUGUUGGCAAAAGGAAGAGCAGCUACACAUUCGAGCAGCUGGAACGAGUAUUUGGACAAGGGGGAUGGGACACACAGACAUGUCAGCCCGUGCUGAUAAACAGUAGCGGCUUGUAUCAGGAGAUGGAGUCUGAUGGCAGCACCAUGGAGGACUAUUCCCAGGACGACUGGGGGAACCACAGCCAGGAUAUGCAGGGUUUUCCUGGGGAGGAUUUGGAAGAAAUCAGUCUUCCUAAAAGACCGCCGAAGAACAGGGAGCCUCCCGAGGAUGUACAGAAAAAAGAGCUUCUGCAGACCAUCAUGCACAUCCUGGAGUCCGUCCAGCUCAAGUGGGAGCUGUUUCAAAGCUGGACAGAUUUUUCGAGGUUGCACCUCUCAAACAAACUGGCAAUAUUCGGCAUUGGCUACAACACUCGGUGGAAGGAGGAUAUUCGAUACCAUUACGCGGAAAUCAGUUCACAGGUUCCACUGGGAAAGCGUCUGCAACUCUCCCUGGCGCUGCUGGAAGUUCACGUGGAGCAGAAAUCAGUGACAGCGAUAGAAGGUCAAAGUAUUACACUCCCUGUCUGGUAUUCAAGCAGCUCUGACGAAAAACCGUACAUCACCUGGUACAUAGAGCGAGCGCAGGAGGAACAGAUCCUCAAGUACAUGGACGGUGAAGUUGACGUUGUGGAAGGUUUUCGUGGCCGCUUGGACUUUGUGUAUAAGAUGCCAGCGAAAAACAUCUCAAUUGUCAUUAAUAAGACUCUGGCUACAGACACCGGAAAAUACCGCUGCUAUGUGAAUGUGCUCAAAGAUCAGCCCGUGGGCAGCAGUAACAUUGGGAAGAUUAAUGUGUCCAUCCUGGUGCCUCCUUCUAAGCCCACGUGUGAGUUACAUGGGGAUCCCUAUAUUGGUGCCAAUGUUACUCUCACCUGCAAGUCUUCGUCUGGACAUCCUGUGCCCACGUACUCCUGGAUAAAGAAGGCCGCGGUCAACGUGAUUUACUUUCCUCCUGUUCAUGACGCAGUGAAGGGAACCUUAACCUUGACCAAUCUGUCAUCAGAGAACACGGGGAUGUACGUGUGCACGUCCCGAAACACUGCGGGGGUGUCCGAGUGUAACAUCACCAUGGAGGUGAAGGCAGUUUCCCGGGCAGCGAUAAUCAUUGGGGCAGUUUUGGGGUCGAUCGCUGGACUCUGCCUCCUGGUGAUCCUGAUCCUAGGACUGAUUUACCUGUAUAGAAGAGGAAUGAAAACCACGCAAGAAGAAACCGAGAACGACAUCAAGGAGGAUGCCCCGGCCCCGAAGACACUUCCCUGGCCAAAGGGCAACGACUCCAGCCUUGCAUACAAAAACGGCACCCUAUCCUCUGUGGGCAGCCACCGGGAUCACAAGCCGUACCCGCCCAAAUCGCCAUCCGAUACCACGUCUGUCAACACCGCCACCGGAAGCAACCUCGGCUACAAACCCCCCUAUGUCAACGGCAGAGUCACCACCCCAACCCCCAGCAUGUCUAGCCAGUCGCUGCCCACCUACAUGGCGCCGACCAACGGCAACUACUACAGCACGGCCGUGCCAACAAAUCGGGGCACCCUUCAAAAGACCAACAAUGGCAUCGAGCAGCAGCCCCCCAAAAAGGAUAUAAUAAACAUCCCCACCGGGGUCACCCCAUCCAACCUGGUGCGCAUGGGGGCAGUGCCCGUCAUGGUGCCCGCUCAGAGCCAGGCGGGCUCCCUGGUGUGACCGGCACCGGCACUAUACAGAACUGAAUGUUUACAGGACUCUCCGCUGCCAACUGUUUAGGAAUCAUCAGAACCGUGUUAUCCGCCACGCAAUCAGCAUCUCACCGGAGGCGCGGGACAUUCGUCCGGUCGCCACCGCCGUAUACCGCGUUGUCUUUUGUAUAAAUGUCGCACACUUUUUUUUACAUUUUUGCAUCUGGCCUGGAUUUUAUAACGUUGACCUUUUGACCUUUAUACAGAUUUUUUUUGAUUUUUUUAUCACGUUUAAAGAUUUUUGGCUGCGGGUCUGUGGCGCCAUGAAGCACCGGACAGAGGCUUGGAUGAUGGUCAUGUGACUGGAUAUCGUUUUCUGUUGGUUUCAUUG